AUGAGCAUAAUUGCAGAAGAAAAAAGACCUUUCAAGCGGUUCGUGCCCUCUGAUAUAAUUUUGAGGUCGACUUCAGGAUCUCUUAAUCUGUUAGACGGUAUCCUGGCCCUCGGAUUAUCGGUAUGGCAAUUUUGGUGGAGAACUCAGAAAUGGUCGAUUUUGGAUGAUGUACUCGACAGUGAAUUAGAGCUUUUGCAGGCAAUUGAGCAUUUUGCUACUAGGCGAUUCAAUUUGUUGCCUUUUCCUCCACUUUUGGUGCUGUUUUUGGGGGUCUGGGCCGAUAAAGAAACCGGUGAAGUAAGCUUGUCGAGUAUGCGGUUGUUUUCGGUUGCCUCUUGGAGUUUGGCUUUGAGUUUGAUAUACUUGGCUCUUAGAAAGGCUUCUAUUUCUCAAACCAUUGCUCUAAUGGUGUCAAUUGGAUUUUCGUUCCACCCCCUGUACCGAGAUGCAGAAACUGCAGAAUUGACGCCCGAAUCGUUCGGAUUGUUCCUUUUCACUGCUUCACUACUGGCAUGGUAUUCUCUCAAAAGUUCUGCGCUCUUAAGCAAACAAUGGCACCGGUACAAUGCUAUGUUGGGGCUGUCAAUUGGCCUUUUGGCUGGCGUCAAAUUUUUUGGAUGGGCAACCUUGGUCUGGUUGAUCCUUUUGACGGGUAAAGAGGUUUGGAAACUGAUCGGAGACCUUAAAGUAACUUCAAGGAAAAUUGUUCUGACGAUGGCUGUACGGUUUGGUUUUUUAAUUGGUAUUCCUGCAGCUAUAUUACUGACUUCAUAUGGAACCUUUUUGGAACAUUCAAGUCUUCGAACCUCAGAAUAUUCAACCUAUAUGUCUCCAUAUUUCAAAUCUCAACUUUUGCCAGAGGAGUUACCUCAGCCCAAUGCGGUUUAUUACGGGAGCCGGGUUCUCAUCAGACAUAGCGAAUCAUUGGGAGGCUAUUUACAUUCUCACAACUACACCUAUCAGUCAGGAUCUCAUGAGCAGCAAGUCACACUGUUUGAUCAGGCCAAUGAUUCUGACAAUGAAUGGAUUAUUGAGCCACAGUCGAAAGAAUUGGAUUUCAAGAAGGAACCUGUUAUUGUGAAAAACAACGAUUUCAUUUUAUUGAGACAUCGUGUUACAGGAAAGCUACUCCGCGCUUCGAGCGCUAAGCCUCCUGUUAGCGAGCAAGAUUAUGACUCUGAGGUUUCAUGCACGGGUGACCAAAACUAUACCGGCGAUUCAGACGAAAUGUGGCGGUUGAAAUUUAUUCGUGGGACAAGCAAGUUCGUUGAUGUUCUGUCACCAAAUCUCAUUGAAUUUCAGCUGGCAAAUAAAGGGCAAGGCUGUACCUUGAUUGGACAUGAUUUGAGACUUCCUGACUGGGGAUUCGAGCAGCAGGAGGUUCUAUGUUUGGAUUCAGCAGAUCUCGGUAAAUCGCUAUUUUACAUCGAAAGGUCCAAUCUUUAUUUAGAGAGAGGCGCUUAUAUGACCUUUCCAAAGCUUUCAGUCUGGAAGAGACUAACGAAAAUGGCGAAUGAAUACGUGGCGAAACAGGUCAAAUAUGAUUACUACGUCAGACAUCGUAAACAAGAAGGUGAUAUACCUGUUGAAAGCUGGCUGCUCCAUGGCUUCGAUUCCACAAUCAAAAACAUACUCUUCGUUUUACCUCUUGUUUCUACCAUCAUGUUUCUCGCUAUGGAAUUUAGAGCGUGGAUAACUUGGAACCCAUGGGCUCCAACAGCGACAACGGAAACCUCGCUGAACCACAUUUACAAGGAUCACACAUUAGAGGCUCUGGCAGGAUGGAUGGUACACUAUUACGCUUUUCUUCACUGCAAACACCGCGAUCUGAGAUUCGUGCAAUAUUUGCCAUGCUAUUUAUUAAGCCUGUUCUCAACAGCUCAAACCUUGAAUCUGUUAUGGGUUUACAGCACUAAGAGCAAAGUGUUCCUGACCAUAAUGACGGCGCUCGUAUACAUGUGCUGCGCUAUGUGA